UAAUAUAAUCCUAUUAGAGAAUUUUCAUAUUUAUAUUUGUGGAUCUUGGUUAUUAUUUUUGUUAGUGAAAUAUAUUUUUUAACCUCUGAGUACAUAUAAUCUACUUUAUAUUGUUGCCUGAUAUCGGGCCACCAAAUCGAACUUAAACUCGGUUGGCAACACUGUCUUCAAGAAAGGAUUGUUAGUAGUCUUCCAUCUUUCCUGCCAUUUAAGUUGGUAUUUCAAGCUAUAGAUUUAUGAUGUGACAGAGCAGGAUUAUAGUUUUACUUGAGAUAUAUAUAUACUUUUACUUAAUUCCUUUUAUUCAAGUUAUUUGUUUAGUAUUAAGUGUAGAAGAUACUAUGGGAGACAGUAAAAGCUUCUUUCAAUCAUUAAAAAUUUUAGAAGCUUGUAGUAUAGAUAAUGAUUUUCAUGAACUCAUUGAUAGAGAAACAAGACUAAAUAUUUUAAAACAGGGACCUAAAGCUGGACCGCAGUUAAUUGUUAAAUGCUUGAUGAAUAUUAUUACUGAUGACAUUCUUGGAAGCACUUCACCAAGAUGUUCUUACCCUCAAAAUGCACAGUGUAAUAUCUCCGAAAUUACAUUAUCUGCUGUUAAGGCUCUGUCAUAUUAUGGGUUAAGAGAUGUUAAUUGGAUAAUCCCUUAUGCUGAGGCAGCAAGUUGCAAAUUAUUGGAAAAUAAUGGAAAACCUAUUCCACAGCAAAAUGACAACAUUGUUGUGGAAUAUGUCAAUAGGCCACCUGUUAAAAAUGUCAAUCCAAGGAGUCUAUUAAGAAACAAUCAGGCAUUAAAGAGAAAAUUUAUUUGAAGUUUGGAGCUAUUUUUCUUUUUGUAGAAUUUCGUGAUUUGAAACGGGUUUUAAUUUUUAGUUAAUAUGUAUUAUUUAAGGAAAUGUACCUGAAUUUCUGUGAUUAUAGAAAUAAUUAAUUUAAUAUUGGCUAGCCAAUAUCCUAUAUUUUACCUAUAAUUAUAGGUAGUAAAAUACUAGUAAGUGGCC